AUGAAGUACAUCUCACAGCGCGUUCGACACUGCACGGCGCACCCGCCCCUGCUGGUCCUCGUUCAGCUGCGGAUCCCGGGCCACAACCUCCCGCGUCUGAAGGGCAUCAUGCAGGAGGAGGGCUCGGGGGAGGAGUGCUCCAGUUCCCCUCGCGCGACGCGUUCGGCCACGACACUGCCCACCAAUCCACAUCAGGAUCACGACGAGUGUCGGGCACCUCGUCUUCGUUCCAGUAGCCGCGGGAAAGACCAGGCACCGGCUAAUGCUGCGGGACAAGGGGCGGUGCGGAUGGCAGGGAGGCAAAGAAUCAGCAAGACACGGCAGUUGGGCGACGAGCAAGGGAACACAUCCCGGGCCAAGCAACGCGGAGACGACAAUGCGGGGGACUCAUCAAUCCAAACUGGGCCGCGAGGAGCCGAGAACCAGGCACAAGGGGAUGCUGGCGAAGAGGCACACCAGGAGGCAGAACAGGAGGAGGGAGUUCGCGGGGAGCAGGCGGAGCCGAUGGAGUCACAUCUAAGCGAGGCGGGUAUGAAUACGCGAACGGAGCAACGAGAGCUGCCACCGACGAGGGCGGUGCGUGAUGGGGAGGAGGAGGUGGUUGUGGCAUCGGCGGUGACGCGCCCUGCUCAGGUGCAGGGGACGAAGCAGGGGCCUGACCAACAACAGGCGGGGCAGGAGGCGGCUGAGACGGCGAAGGCGCGGGGACAUAGGGCCACAGCCGCGGCGACGGAACCAACCCCGGGGCCGACGGCGGCGGACGCAAGUGAGGAGCCUGAGGCGCAGACUGCGCCGCAACCGCCGAUGGAGCCAACCGGGAGGACGCGGAUUCGUCCGACGUCGGAGGAAGCUGCAACGGCUGGGACAGCGUGGCCGGAGCAUGGAGCUAAGGCUGAGGUCGUGCCUGGCCAGAGUGCGGCGGGCGAGGGGGAUGGCGGUGGCAAAAAGACUGGCCGCGCGCACGGAGAAACGGAUGAGUGCGCCCGCCAUGGGAGCGGUACACAGGCUCCCUCGGCCGUGCGGGCGUGCUUGGCAAUGCAGAAGGCGCGGUGCCAACACCCGCGGUCAAGCAGUCCGCGACGGCUCGGAACAGGGCUGGCACCUGCCUGCCCUGGGCUGCUGGUGGGGUGGGCACAGCAAGAGGUCCCGCCGCCACAAUCACAUCACGUCGAGGCGGCCGGCGCCGGCCCGUCAUCAGGUGCGGUGGACGAGGCAGGACGGCCGCACGUGAGAGCUGAACGGGUGGAGGCCGAGGCGGAAGAUGCAGCGGCAGCCGUAGAGGAGGAACAAGUGACCACGAUCGACAAGCGCCGUGGGGGAACACCGCGGCAGAGGCUGCUGCGAGAACGCGCGGCGGAGGUGGCGGCUGGAAACGCGCCGGCAGGGACACGGGGACAAGCGCCGGGGCGCCGAGGGGACGCGGCAAAAGAGGCGCGCGCGGAAGAGCAGGGCGAGGAGGCCUCGCGGCAGCCGUGGCUAGGGAAAAGGCCAGAUCUGGGACUUGGCGGGAAAGGCACGGGAGGCCGGAAAGACAGCAGAGGGAGAUCCAAUGAAUGA